ACUAUAAACACGCAUUCUCUGAUAUUUUCAACUCGGUAUAGAAAUUCAGUUUCUCUCGUCAAUCUCCAAACAGAAAAGAGCUUGAAAGAGGAAAGAAAAUACCUUCAACAAUGGAGGAAUCCAGCAAAGAACAGUCCGCUCCUGCCGUUUCUGCUGUGAAAUCAAAGCUUAGGUAUCCUCUUCGAUCAGCGACUAAGUCCAAGGAGGAGAAAUCCUCUCUCUCUAAGUUGUCAGAUUCCUCAUCCAAGAGGGGGCGACCUGCAUCCACUGUCAGUAAGAGCAUGGGUGUUCUUGAUCUCUCUGCCAAAGAAAAGUCGUCCAACAAGCCACCCAGGAGACUCUCCAUUCCAGCCAAAUCAACUCCUAGUCCAGCUCCUAAACUAACUACUAUCACCCCAAUUUCUGAGGCUAGAUCCACGAGAUCUGCUAAUAGUCAAGGGAAAACCAAUACACCUCUCUCUGGUUCAACUAGAUUGACUGCAAGCCAAGGGAAGUUGGGUAAUAUUGUUUCACCGUCAUAUUGGCUAAACAAUGUUAAGGUUUCUGAAUCCGCUGGAAAGCACUCAAUUUCACUUGCCUUUUUCAAACUUGCCUUGGACGCUGGAUGCAAGCCCUUACAGCCCGUACGUGAUGAACUUAAAUCCUAUGUACGCCGACAUAACCUUACGGAGCUUGGUGAUGCAGUCAGAGAGUUAUUUGAAAACUACAACAUCUCGGACACUUCAGAGCAGUUGCAGGUCUCAGAAAUCUGUUCCCAGGUUCCAGCAGAGGGAAGUCGGUCAUCAGAUGAUGAGGUUCGCAGUACUUCUUCUGUAACGGGAAGCAGGAAACUGAAUCCCAAGUCCUUGAAUAACAAUCUCGGUCAAGCUUCCCCAUGCACAGAAUCAGCCAAGGAGACUAGUCCAAAAAACAAUCCUGUAACAAGGACCAAAAGAUCCUUGAAUAACAAGACGUCCGCAAAUUCAAGAAGUGUUUCAGAGAUGGGAGGUCGCAAGUUUCAGAAAAAAGCUGAGAAGAUCACUAAGCCCGAGUCUAACAAAGAGAAAGAGAGGAACAGGAAGCAUGGAAAGAAAUCAGCUACCGAGGAAGGUCUAGUAACUCCAGUUGGUCCAGAAUCAGAUAUGGUUGAAGAGAACAAAGAAAAUAUGGAUGCUCCACCAGCAGAAGAAAUCAGCAUAAUUGAAGCUCAAGUGUAAGGCAGCAUCUUGGACUCUGAACCUUAUCAGAAUUCAGAGAUUCAUGCUUGGUUUGUGUUGGAGGCUUUUCCAUUGUAUAGAAAGAAUUAGGGUGAAAGUGUUCCUUUUCCUUUUUGGUUUGCUGGUUGUUUGAAUUGGGAUUUGUUUGUUUAGUAUUUUAUUAUAUACGGUUACUCGGUUGAUGAUACAAAUUGUAUGAAAUUGGUUUCAAAAAAUAUCAGUAAAAGACAUAUAAUAUAUGUAACCUCUCCUCUGUUGCUUCCUCCAA